CCGACUAUGAAUUGAUCUCUCAACCAUAAGGAACACCAUCGACGAUGAAAACCUACAAACAUCCCUGCACAAGACAACUAUUAAUGACAAUGCAUAACUGAACGAGUGUCGAAAAAACUUAAAGGAAUUAGGAAUUGAUAUUAUGCCAACACAUGUCAACAAAUAUCUGUAAAACUCAUACUAGUAUCUCAUAAUGUCAUACCAAUAUUCGUCCUUUUACAAAAACAUAUCCUGUCAGGCCAUGUCAAUAUCGGCCCAAAAAACUAUCCCGACUAUGAAUUGAUCUCUCAACCAUAAGGAACACCAUCGACGAUGAAAACCUACAAACAUCCCUGCACAAGACAACUAUUAAUGACAAUGCAUAACUGAACGAGUGUCGAAAAAACUUAAAAGAAUUAGGAAUUGAUAUUAUGCCAACACAUGUCAACAAAUAUCUGUAAAACCCAGACUAGUAUCUCAUAAUGUCAUACCAAUAUUCAUCCUUUUACAAAAACACAUCCUGUCAGACCAUGUCAAUAUCGGCCCAAAAAACUAUUUUAUGAGCCUUCGGCCCAUGGGCCCUCGGCGGGCGGCCCUUACUAGGCUGCAAGCCACCAUCCCAAAAUCUUCCUUCCUUUUUCAAGUUCCCGCCCAAAAUUCCGGGCCGUCCAAAACACUGCCCACCUCCCGCCCUAAAAUUCGGGCCGCCCAAAAAACUACCCACUUCCUCCGCCCAAAAGUUCGGCUCGCCAAAAAAAGGAAACCGCCCCCUCCUCUCUCCUCGGCGGAUAUAUGUGUCUGUGAGUAUCUACUCACAGUUUAACCUGUGAACAGUUUAACUUUUUUCGAUUGGAUCCAAUCCACCAUUCCAUUUGAUCCAUGAAUCCACCAAUCCAAUUCACCAAUCCAUGAAUCCAAUCCAUUUGUCACAUCUGAUUUGUGAAUGAUGAUAACGAAACCCAUCUGCAUGCCAACGGUAGUCGAGGGAAAUAGUUCUACCUACUUGUCUCCAACCACCACAAACACAGCACCGCCCGCCGUCAGCACAAUACACAAACAUUUUCUGUUUUUACCUCCAACAGUUAUCGUUAUCGCGCAGUGAAAAGCCUCGGAGAAGAAUGAGAAGGAAUAAACGUUUGCUUCACUCGUUUUGUAAGAGGGUGGAUUGCACGCACCAUCUUCCCAUCAUAGGACAUAGGCGGUACGAUUCAAGAAGAAGAAAGGCAAAUCCUUUGAAAAUUUCAUUCACAUCUCUGAUCUCUCUCUCUCUCAUGGUAGCGGCAGCUCAACUUCAUCCUCUCCGGCUUUCUGUCCUCCCAAAAAAUGCUACAAAACCCAGUACCCAAGUGGCCAAAUCAGCACAUCCAUCGCCAUAACUCUAUUUUCUGAGUAGAGGCACAGAAAAUACCAGAAUUCUGUGGCUUUCCUUUGUUUUCUCCCUUUUGGUCAAUCAAAAGCCAUGGAUGAGCUGCUCUGUGACGAACUGCUCCAAGAAAUCUUCACCAGAAUUCCAUCAGCCCCACCUCCAUCGAUUCCUCUGGUUUCAAAGCGGUGGCUCUGCCUCUACAGAGCUUCAAAAACCUUCCUAUCCCUAAGAAUCACUCUCGAUCACCACCAGCACCAGACCUCCAAUUCCUCCGCCGCCGCCACCGCUCUCUUCCGGUCCUUCUCUUCCUUUCUCUCCCACUACCCUUUCCUCUCUUCCCUCUCCCUCCUCCUCGACGACCUUUCUUGCCCUCGCUCUCCAAGCUUCAACGAUCGCCUUCUAUUUCUAAUUUCCUCUCUCUGCUUCAAGCUCAAGCAGCUCAAAUUCCUCCCCUACCCUGUCUCUGUAAUUUCCCUUCGUUCCCUCUCCAAUUCCUGCACCCUCCUCACUUCCCUCACAGUUUCCCUCUCAAGACCGCUGCUUCUCCACUGGGUCGCCUGGUUUGCUUCCUUGAAGGAAUUAUCCGUCUCUGUCUGCGAUGGCGACGAAAGGGGAAUUGGGUUUUCUUUGGAUGAAGGAAAAGAUUCCGAAUUGGGAUUGGAGAGCGUCUCUUUCGCAGGAAUUGGAAGAGACGAUUCUGGGCUAGGGUUUCUAUGGAGGAGCUGCAAGAAGCUAAAGAAAUUAAGCCUCAAAAGCUGCGAAGGUAUUGGGGAUGGCGGUUCCUUUUCCUCGUUUACCCACUGUUUGAUUCAUUUACAAGAAUUAGAGCUAAGAACUUGUAGAAAUAUAGCCGAUGGAGUCCUCUUAAGACUAGCUGAACACUCCGCCUCUUUGAAUUCCUUACUCGUUUAUGAUGGUGGGAGCAGAGAUGGAUUGCUUCAUUUCAUCACCAACUCGAAAUGCCAAAUCUCGAACCUUGACUUCCGCCUUCCUCUGGACCUAAGCAACGAGCAUCUCUCAGCAGUGGCCACAAACUUCAAGUGUCUCAAAUCUCUGAGACUACAGAGUUGCUGCCUUGUCUCAGGUGAAGGCCUGAAAGCUCUAGGGAUCGCCAUGAGCUCGGGCCUCGAGGAACUGGCCUUGAUCAACUGCGAUGUGGUCGAGAGGGAAUCCGGUUUGCUUGCCACAUUGGGGCAGAACUUGAAGCAGCUGAGGAAGCUGGAUUUGUCGUAUAACGAGUACCUGUUCGAUAAGGAGUUCAUUGGCAUGCUGGCCUCUUGCUGCAAUUUGGUUGAUCUUAAGAUAAGAGGUUGCAGGGGGUUGACUGGUUUGGCCAUGGUGGCUGUCUCCAGGAGCUGUAAGAAGUUGGAGCGUGUUGAUGUUGUGCACUGCAAUGGGAUCACAGCUGAUGGUGUAGAGACCUUGGUGGUGAAAUCUUCGAGAUUGAGACGAGUUCAAGUCGAGGAGACCAAGGUUUCGGAUGUUGCGAGGGGAUGGGCUAAUAGGAGGUUCGUCGAGGUUUCGGCUUGAUUCACCAUGGCUGCUGCUGGAUUUCAAGCAUUUGUAUUGAUUUAUGUACAUGUAUGUACAAAAGAAAGCAGAAGCUGUUAUUCAUAUAUACCACUGGUUUGUUGUAAAUGUUGUUUGAUUGCUGUCUAUUUGAGAGGUGAAAACGCCCAUGUCUGAAUAAUGCUAUGUACUUUGUAUAGAAUGAUUCAUGGAUUCCUGAGACAGAGACUGAGAAUUCAAAGAUUGGCAGUUGGAAAGUUGAUUUCUUUUGUCUUCUUGGUCCUUUGAUUUCAACACCUGAGUACUGGUUUGCUUCUGAGUUCUGAAUUCUGAUUGUCAAAUGCCAAGUUUGGAUACUCUUUGUUCCUAUGGGCUAUGGGGUCUAGGUGGAAUUGGGGCCCAAUAUUCUUGGGUCAUGAGACCUCACUGGUAUAACAAAACGAGAGGGCGUGAAAUGGGCCUCUUAGUCUGUGGCAAUUUUUUGCUGUGAGGCCAAAGCCCAUCUAACUGAACUGGUCAAGUCCUGAAGGCCAUUGGACUUCUUUCAGGCUAAUUCAAAGACCAAUGUACAAAGACAAAACAAAAUUACAAAAAUUUGAUGAUGAAUAUAUUGAAUCAAUCUCUCUAAAACGUGACCAACAAAUCAAUGAAUCUACUGGCAGUUAAUCUGCCGUCGGAAGCAAGGUACCUCACUGUGGUGGAUACGGUGUUGAACGGGGAGUGGAACAUCGCUUAUCUUGAAUAGGAAUGGCAAUGGGCAGGUCGGGGGCAGGUUUCUUGGUAUCCAGACUCGGCUCGUGGCAGGUCGGGCAGGUUGACCCAAUGAACAUGCAAUUUAUAUGAAAAACUUUAGAAAUAUUAGUUAUUUUUAUUAUAAGACCAAGAAAAAAAAUAAUAUUAUGAUAAAUGUAGUUAAAUUAUUAGAGAAAAUGAGGUUUUCACUAAUUUACAACUUUAUUAUAGCUAAAAUAUGAUGUAAUAAAAGAAAAUUCAUAAGUAAUUUGACUAAGAUUACAUGUAAUUUAGUCAAGAACGGGUCGAGAAUGGGGUAGGUCGGGUCGAUGAGAGUACCCAUGCCAGCCCCACCCCGGCCUACGGGGCUCGGACCCACCCCAAAAAAGUCCAAACAGGUCGGGUAAAACGGGUCAUGUCGAAAUCGUCAUCUCUAAUCUUGAAGAAUAAAUCUAUGAAUUGCUGACAAGCAAAACAAUGAACUACAAGAAAUCAGUUGUUUAUACUGCAAUCGCAACUUAGAACGCAACUACAUAAGUAUUUCUUUCGCCGUAUAUUGUUUCUGAUCGUUUUCCUUCUCUAUCUUUGACUCUCUUUUCGGACAAUCUGAUAUUAAUGGUUGUAUGGCCACCAGCCAUAUUCUUAACUAAAUCUGGAUUUCUACCUGAGUAAAUCCCAAAAUAAUAAAUGAGCAGCACACAAACAUAGGAUUCCCCGUUUUCCCAAAAUUGUAGUAGUGAGUGCCAGAAUCCAAAGCCAAUCAAAAGGUCAACCGAACCCAACCGGAUAUUCCACAAUCUCGACGGCUCCGAUCACGCUACAGAUUCACUCCCCCGUCAAAUCCAACGGCUGCAGAUGAAAGUUCCAGAACGACGCGUCUCCCAGGACAUAACCCUUCGUCCAACUUGCAGCCGCCAAAGCCAAAUCCCCGCAUUUCCCGGGCGAGAGUUUCUAUUUGGCGCGCAAAUCCCAGUCCCCAAUGUGCGUACGAAAUUUUUUCCAUUUUUUCCUGAUUAUUUCAAAAAUGGCGGCCAAUGCUAUCGUUUCCCGCCAGGAACGGGAAAAAAGAAUCGCGGGCAGGUCGGGCAGGCUGGCCCAAUUUGUGGUUGGGUCACUGAUUGCGGGCUAAGCUAAUGGAGAAGAAACCUAAAACCGCGUUUGGUUGAGAUGAAAUUAUUAAAAGAAAAGUAAAAAGGGAUUAAGCCAAUGGGAGACGUGGGAAUGGGGAACGAAAAUCAAUGGAAGGGUAGGGGAAAACUGAAAGAACCUUAAUUGAGGAUUUUGACGUUAUUUGUAGUUGCUUUUGAAACAAAAUUUGUCCUAAUGAUUUUGUUAUGUCUCACGUGAAUGUAUUGUACUAUGAUUUCGUCUUUAACUUCUCUCUCGUUUUGGAAUGUGGAAAAGUGAUUAACUUGUACAAGUAAAGCUUAACAAUGUAUUGAUUAUCUCUUCAAAAUUUCGCACACAAGUUCCAAGCAACAAGAACUAAGAGGAAGAAGAAGAUAAUUACUAAUUAGUGUUGUAUAUAGUAAUUUUAGUUAUAUAGAGGGUGCCUCUGAUGAGUGUAUGCUUUGUAGUUUGUAGUUACUUUUGAUUGGGUUCUCAUCUUGAAAACCAUAUGAGUUUAAACAAAAUUUUGAUUAACUAAAAAAAAACUACGAUGUGAGAUUGAGUCGAUUGUGAAAUUUUUCACGAAUAUUCAUUUAACAUAGUCGGCUUGCCCUAGACUACUAUGUGGGGUUUGUUGAGCUAGAUGGGAAAAGUCUUGGGUCCCAGAUGAAUGAGUUUUAGAAGGCUCUAUGUGAACGUGGUAUAUAGUGAAAAUGUCGUUGUUACAAGUGAUUCCAUUAGUGAAACGCACAACUCACAAAUAAAUGAUUUGGCUGAGAUGGUAUGCAAUCUUCAAAUUAUGUACACGCUGUUGUUCAAAUUUCCAACUAUUGAUUAUAAACUGGUGGGGCGAGUAGGUAUCUCCAUACCCAUACCCGUCCAAUACGAAGCACGGGUUGGGGGUAUACCUUGCGUGUACGGAGCAGGAUGGGUUGACCCACUUUUACAUGUUAUUUGGAUAAAAUACACGUAAAAUUUUAUUAAUUUAUGAUAAAACAAAGGAAAAAUACUUUAUGAAUGAAAAAUAGUGAUAAUGGAAUGGAUAAUUGAGUCUAACUAGUUGAAAGAGCAAGUCUAAUUAAUUGAAGAAAAGCCCGAAUUGGAGAAAUAUAAAUAAAUAUUUUAAGAAAUUGAGAUAUAAUGCUUUAAGAAUGGGGCGGGUUGAAAGUAGAUAACCAUGCUCCAUCCCAUGCUACUGCGAGUCGAGUAAUAAUCACCCCAUGGUGGGUCAAGUCGGAUAUUCCCCGACGGAGCGGGUUCAAACUUACAUCCCUACUUCCAACUACUUCAACAUUGUGAGUGGCAUGUAACCAAUGUAAUCAUAAAUGCAAGGAACAACCCGAAGUUUCAACCAAUUACUUUUCUAAGAGGUCAUACGAGUUGAAGAUCCCAUAACGUGAAAGUUGCAUCAAAAUACAAAAACAAGACAAGUUGAGAGUUGAGACACUAUCAUGAGAGAUAGACAACAUGAAACUGCUAUUUUUCCUUGCAAUUUCUUUUUGCAUAACUGCAAGUUCUUAAGUUAUACCUUACAUAUAAAUUUAUAACUACAACAUUACUAAAAGAGAGGAAGGACGACCAACAUAUAAGUGUAUACUGAAACCCAAUACCUAAGGAUUAAUAUUGUACUGUUUUUGGGUCGAAGCAUGAUGGUGUCAAUAGCUCUGUAUGUCCAAUUAUAAAUCAUGCCACCGAUAAAACUAGGUUUGAAGCCCUAGCACAUUUUCCUCGAUCGUCACAAAUUUAUGAGAGUCUUCUCCAUCCAUGACAUGAGUGGUUGUUGAAAUGUAACUUAGGAUUCCUUCGGAAGGCCAAUCCCUUCCCCUCUGUCGGAUGGAUUAGCGGUAUAUACUGUUUCACUUUCACACUCUUGCCUUUGUUUCAUGCAUUGGAUUCUCUUUCUCUCUCUCUCUCUCUAUGCUCUGUUUUUCUUCUUACAAUCUCUAUCCUGAUCCUCUGCUAUAUGAAUGGGCUUCACGGCCCAAAAAAAUAACUCGAAGAAGAACAAUAACAAACACCCCACUCGAUUUUUUUCACUUAAACUUCAACAACCAUGCAAGUUGAAUAUUGAAAAAAUUUAAUAAAUAAACAAUGGAGUUGGCCGUGAGGGUGCUACAUAUGGUUAAAGAGACUGCGACCUCUUUAAUAUUGGAUGUGAAGUUGUAAUUACAUCUGUAUACUUGUGUCGAGCAAAUAAGGUGAAGUGUUAGAAUAUGGAGUAUUAGUUUUAUCAUGAAGCGAUGACACAAACUUUCAAGAACUAGAUUCAAUCAUGAAAUGAUGAAACAAACUUUCAUUUGUACCCAUUUAAAGUCUCCAUUCAAAGUGACCGAGAAGAGAUGAGAAACCGAAUAUUAAAAUAACUUCCAAUGAAGAAAAUUAUAUCUUAUAUGAAAGAGAUCAUAAUCUAUUAUUUUACCACCGUGACACAUUGAGAGGGCUCUACCCUCCUAGAUUUAGCUUUAACAUAAUUAGCUAGUUCGAGUAGCUAUGAAAGCUCCGGAUAUACAAUUUGAUGGCAAUAAUUGGAAGAGUUUUACAAAUACUAACAAACCCAUUAUUAGUUAGGGUUCCUCUCUCGAUUACAAUUGAGGCCCCCCUCCCUCCAAUAGAAAAUUGGAUAAGGCUCUAAGAUCAAUUGCAUGAAGGUGAAUCAACCAAUUAAAAAAAUUGUGGCUAACCAAUCGAUUAAAGUAUGUAGUUUUCAUUUAUUUCUUCAAGCAAAAUCACAAUCCCACAACAGGAAUAUUAUCUCACCUUAAAUUUUGGGAACAUAUAACAAUAUAACUGAAAUUCAUGAAUUAAAAAUUUAAUAAUUAAGUGGUACUACAUCUCAGAUUUUUUUGGAAACUUUUUAACUCCCUCGAAGCUUAAUAUAUUUGUGAGAUCCAACAUCCAUGAAUACCCUCGUCUUAAUUGAUAUGCUCCCCGCUUAUCAGAUCCUAUUUUGAAUUGUAAGAAAUUUUAUUGUAAAUUUAGGAAAAUGUCAGAAUGGAGAACUUUUCAAACAACAUGCGAAUUAGUUAUUUGGUAGGGAUAUAAUGACUUGCUUUCAGAAUUAGAAUCAACGGAUAUGAUCAUAAUAAGUGAGUUCAAAUAAAUACUAGUGGUACGUGAAAUUAAUUUGUUUGAUAGACAUAGUCACGAUUUUGACAUUUUAAUAAGAUGUUUGAUUCAUAUGGAUAUCAUUCUAACACCCAAUCCAUAGUCCAUAUUCAUUUGUUACUUAUCCAUACAGGAAACACUCCAAAAGAGUCCUUAUCACAAAUGAAAUUCCGUUUUCCUCAAGUGACACGGAUCCUUGUCUCCUUGGCAGCAACAAAAGCCAAAGCAGCCCUUGAGAAUUUGAGCAAGUGCUCUGUACACUAAUAAAUAGAUUAAGAGAAAGACAAAAACAUAACAACUCUAAACUAUUCAACUACACGAUUGUAUAUAGUGAAAGUGAAGGAUCAGAGCCAGCCUUUCAUCAUCACUAAUUAAUUAAUUGAUGGAAGCAACAAUACAAGAAGGGGUGGCCACAAUCAGACAAAGUUAAAGACCUCAAAAUUCAAAUUUAUGGUACAACUUUACUAUUAUUCUGUGCUUUUGUUAAAGCCAUCCUAAUCCCUAGAAACCUUUGCCUAUCUUCUUUAUCAUGAUGAUAGCACCUCUCUCACUCAAACAAAAACAAAAAAAAUUCAAAAUAAACAUGGAUUAGUUACCUUGUAGUAUUAUUCUAUGCAAUUCUUAUCAUAUAUCUUCACUUAGUUCUAAUUAAUGGCCUACCUCUUUAGUGGUCUGUCAAAUAGUUUUUAUAAAGUCUUCUAGUCGUAUGGUUUGUGCUUCACAAGUGAAUUACUUUUCAAUAUUUUCUUCGUAUGGUAGAUCAUAGUGUGACACAAGUUCACGUGCAGUGUGGUCGGCGUUGGAUUGUUCGCGCAUGGAAGUAGCUUGUGUUGCGGUCACCCGAGGUAAUCCAAUCAAGUCGUGGCAAGAAUGGAGUAGAUAUGGUGUCAUGCAGUGAAGGCAUCUCCAUAUAGUACAAUUAAAGAUAAAAGUUUGGUUAUGCUAAUAUGUGGCAACUGGCAACAACAUAACAUAUAUGGAGAAUUUUAUAGAUAGUAAGAAGUGUAGAUUGUAUGAUAGUAACUAAACAAAAAUUCUAGUUACAAACCUUAGCUCAUGCAAGCUCAAAUUCGUUUUCAAACAAAAACAAGAGCUUGCAUGGACAUGAGGUUAUGUUAGGUGAAAGACAAACAUCAUGCAUUUAGAUAGGUAAAGGAGUCUCACCAAAAGAAGUGGAAUAUUACUAUCAACAAGCACACAAAGAACCAAGAACUUGAAAGGGCCAGUUAUGUCAUGUCAAGUCAUUGUCACAAAAGUGCUUUGUGGUUGUGGAAGAGAAAUCCUAACACCAUAAACAAUCUUCUCAAUG